AUGGAUCGUCCACAAGACUCCAUGUCCGAUCGCGUGCGUCACCGACGAUUCCUCGUACUCGACAGACACAAACAGUCACAACCGCAAAAACUUGAAGAUUCAGUUGAGGAAUACAGCCCGAGGAGUACCGAAAGCUCGUCAAUCGCGUCCUAUCGCGCACCGCCUCCAUUGCCAUCGAUCGCCAUCCAGGUCGAGGAUGAAGAUGGGUUUCAAAUACCCAACUUGGACUUCGAGGGAUCGUUCCCGCCUCCGUCUCCUUCCGUGAAAAGUGUUAAGGAUGAUGAUGUGGCAUCGAAUCUUUCAUUCAUAAUGAGAGAAAGGCUUCAUACAAUGGCAAAAGAGGUACAACGACGAACGUCUGAAGUACGCGAGAGUCUGAUUCGAGAAACACCGGAAGAUGCGUAUUCAGUGAGCUCGGUUGGGGUGCCAGUCGAAGAGCAUCGACCUAGCCUCAUGUCUCUGAUUGGGUUACAGAGAGGAGAAGAAGAACGAGAUGACGACGACAAGAGAAGCCGAUUCUGGCUUCCACAGAGUCUCCAUCCUUAUGGUCGCUUCUAUAUGAGUUGGCUCUUCUUGGUCACUGCAGCCUUCCUCUAUAAUGCAUACUGCAUCCCUCUAAGAAGCUCUUACCCUUACCAAACAAAGACAAACCUGAUCUAUUGGCUUAUCAUUGACUACACGUGUGACAUUAUCUAUCUAAUUGAUAUGACUUUGAUAAAGCCGAGACUGCGGUUUAUGAAGGGAGGAAUCUCUGUGAAAGCACGCGAUCAGACAUUGAAGCACUAUCUAAUGAGCUCCGUGUUCAAGCUGGACCUUAUUGCGAUAAUCCCUACAGAUUUCAUCUACGUAUAUACGGGACCUACUCCGAUAUGGAGACUGAACAAGCUCACAAAGAUUCCUUCAUUCUGGCAGCUAUUUGACUUAUUAGACAACUCCUUCUCAUCUCCCUCGGUCAUUCGAGUAACUCGCACGCUGUCCUAUAUGAUCUACAUCAUUCACUGCAAUAGCUGUAUUUACUAUCUGCUGAGUGCUUGGCAGGCAUUCGGACAGAUUGCAUAUCAUGAGAAUGGCAAAUGGUAUUUGAAUAAAUGGGUGUACAAUAAUCAAGGAAAUGCAUACAUCCGAUGCUUCUACUUUACCGCAGCUGUUGCAACCUCAACUGGAAACAACCCAGCCCCGACAAACGUAAUUGAGUAUGUCUACAUGACGUGCUCCUGGAUGAUGGGAGUGUUCGUGUUCGCUCUUUUGCUUGGACAGAUCCGCGACAUAGUCUCCAAUGCGAAUCGAACUAGGGAGGAAUAUCGCAGAAAGAUGGACAUGGCUCUAUCAGAAUGCAAACGUUUGGGUCUGCCGAAGGAGCUGACCAACCGCGUUCGCGACUGGUUCAUCUACACAUGGGAGCAGCAAAAAACUCUUGAUGAAAAGAAACUGAUUGAAAAGCUUCCGCUCAAAUUGCAGACGGAUCUGGCUUUGUCGGUCCACUACAACACUCUCAGCAAAGUGCAGCUUUUCCAGGAUUGUGAUCGAGCACUUUUGAGGGAUCUCGUACUCAAACUGCGACCAGUGAUAUUUCUUCCAGGGGAUAUGAUAUGUAAGAAGGGUGACGUUGGCAAAGAGAUGUACAUAGUCAAUCAAGGUGUGCUCCAAGUUGUCGGAGGAGAGAAUAACAAUACUGUUUUUGCCGAGCUCACUCAAGGAUCCGUAUUUGGAGAGAUUAGUCUGUUGGCUAUUGGUGGCAACAAUCGCAGAACUGCGUCGAUUCGCGCAAAGGGCUAUGCCACCUUAUUCGUUCUAGCCAAGGAAGAUCUGAACGAUGUCAUCAAAUACUAUCCUCAGGCUCAAAUUCUUCUCAAACGAAAAGCAGCGCAAAUGUUGAAAAAUGACAAGAAGACGGAAACAACGACGGUGGAAGAGAAAGGCCUGGAAGAGACUUGCCGUCUUUCUGGCCUUGGUACUCCUCGAAUGCUCAAAGUUGUCGCUAGUGUGCUCAGUCCAGAAAAACCUGUUGCAGCACAGUUGAAGCAGGCUAUCAACAUCGGAGAGAAAAGACGACGUCAUUCCGCAUAUCCUUGGUCCACUCUCCAAAACGAAGACCUGUCGGAUGAUUCUGCGUUUGAGGGAUGCUCUGAAGAUGACGACGAUGAGGCUUUCGAAAAAGAUAAAGACGAGUAA